CCGGAGCAGCAAGGUCGGAGGAGGGGCUGCAUGACCCAGCCCAGCAUCACUAGUGUGGGGAUAGGUCAGUUAAGCUAAAAGGGGAGGGAGAAUAAGGUGGGAGGAGAAGGGUAUAUAGGAGAGGUAGUGAGGGCUGGCUAGCCACCAUUUUAGGUGAUAGCAGCAGAGGAAAGAUCAACAGCAGAGAACGACCAUGGCUACCAACCUGGAUGUGAUGCUGGCCCAGAUCAGAGCAGAAGCAGAGAGGAGAGGCGACGACUGGCUCAGGCAGUUCCUACCCAGCCAGGACGAACAGCAACCCACGACACCCACAAGAAGGCCCCGCAGAUCCAGACCACCCACCAGGCUGAGCCCAUCACCCCCGGUGCGCAGGAGAAGGCCGACUACCCCCAGCCCACAGCCAUCCACCAGCAUGGGCACAGGACGGAGCAGAGCCCCGAGAAGCAAGGGACCAGCCCCCAGCACCCCCCCGACCAGACAGAGGGACCCGGACACCCCAACAGGCAGACCACGUGGAGGAAGAAUGGCGACUCGGCGCAGAGACGGAGGACCCGAGGCGAGCGGCGAUGACGUCACCGACACGACCGGAGGCACUUCCGGGUCAACCAUGCGGCUCCGGAGACAGGCCAGUACUGGGAGCCGGGAGGGAAGCAGCGCCAUUCGGGCUGGGCAGGCAGAGGCGCCCGGGCCCCGGGGAGGUAGGGGGGCAGCAGCACGGGGGAGGCUCAGAGCGGGGGGGCCAGAGGGGGGAGAUGCAGGGGCCCUGCGAGCAGCACCAAGUGGGGGAGGGGAGGCGGCGCCAACCCAGGCCACGUGCGGCACAGCAUGGCCGCGGGCGGCCAUGUCAGGAGCGGGGGGCGGGCCAGCCGGGCAGCAGAGCUGGGCCCAGGGAACAGCCCCAGACAGGGGGGGGGGAGCAGAAGCGGCCCAGGCCGCAUGGCACACAGCCCAUACUGGGGAAUGCGGGCCCACCACUAGUGUGGCAGGGGCCCAGGGCCCACCAACAGCGGCCCAGGCCGCGUGGAUCACCACAAGGCCCGGGGCAGGCCUUAUGGGGAGCCCGACAGGGCAAGGGGGGUUGCCCACUACCACCCAGGAGGGUGGAGCUCUGGCGGGCUCGCCCGGGUACAGGCCCCCACAACCACCGAGGCAACUGGCCGGGCCAGCAGGGAGUGGCCAGGAGAGCCAGGGGUGGCCCCCAGCUCCCACAGGGGAGGCCAACCGGGCGGUGCCCACGGGCGCUGCGGCGGGGAGGGAGGGAACAACGGCUGCACACAGCGUGGCAGCCCAGGGUAUGCCCCCCCCGCUUGGUUUCCAACAGGUGCCGGGACCAGGCAAUGGCGACAACGGGAUUCCGCAGCAGCAGCAGGGGAUCACACCAGGAGCUUCAGGCCAAGACAGCGCAACCACAAACUACAACAGCAGCGCAGUGGAACAGGUUCCGGGGGCUAGCGCCGGCAGCGGAGCAGGAGGGAGAGCGGUGCCCAGACCUUGUAUGGAAUCUGGUGCCUCAGGUAUGAUAGAAUGGGUAAGGCGGUCGGUGGCCCCAAAAACGUGGAACGACUAUAACAGAAUAUGGGAAGAAUGGUCCCAAUUAGAACGGGAAAUGGGGGGAGCGGAGACUAAUACAGAGAAGUUAGGCCUACUGGCGUGGCAGCUGUCCAGGGACUUUGAGGCAAAUGUAUCAAUUAGUGUGGUAGAGAAAAAACUGGCUGCUCUAGCAUUCCUAUUCAAAUUUAAGGGUUGGACAGAUUUCACAAAGGACUUUGCGAUUAAACAGGCAGUGAAAGGCUUUAAAAAAGGAAAAAAGUCCACAGAUCAUAGAAGACCAAUCACGUUCAACAUACUGGGGGGUUUAUUUGACCAGUUAGGGGAGUUGGCCAACUCACCAUUUGAAAUAACGUUGUUCAAACUGGCUUUUUCAUGGGCUUUCUUUGGGGCCUUUAGAAUAUCAGAGCUGGUUAGUCACAAUAGAGCAGGGAAUGGGGGGAUCCUGGCAAGGGAUGUCAUUAGGUCAGAAGGGAGCGUGUCCAUACUAAUUAGAGAUUCCAAGACAGACAAACAGGGGAAGGGGUUCCGGGUAGAGCUCUUUGGGAUUCAGGGCCAUCACACCUGCCCAGUGAGUUGCUUUGACAGCUAUUACAGGAUGAGACCUGACCAACAAGGCAGCUUGAUGAUCCACCAGGACGGCUCAUCAUUGUCCCGUUACCAGUUCAUAGCCAUACUCAAAAGGGCCCUGCAAGGGCUACAACUGGCUGUGAAUGAGUAUGGGAGCCACUCAUUCAGGAUAGGGGCCGCUACUGAAGCAGCAAGGUGGGGCUUGGGGGCAGAUGUGAUUAGGAGAAUAGGCAGAUGGGAAUCCAGCAGGUUCAAGGCGUACGUUAGACCCACAAGAGUAGAGAGAUAAGUUGCAAGGACAGGGAGGUUGGCAAAAUAUUUAAGUUCACGGUUUUGUAUUAAUUUGUUUUCCCCUCUUUCAGAUGCCCUCCAGUGCAAAGUAUGGCUAAUGGGACACUCCUUCAUACACUGGGCGGAAAGGAGGGCCUCAGUUCGCCAUGCCAACCGCCAACUGGG